AUGGAUGAAAUUAAGCAAACAAAUGAAGAAGAAAUUGACGUUGUCGACUCAGAAGAUGCGGAAGAAGAAGAAGAAGAGGAGGAGGAGGACCUGGGAGCUUCGCCCCUCGGCGACCAUGGCAGCCUUAUGAUGGCUCUAGCCUCGACCAAUGCUUUGCCAUACGAGGGACUGGCUUCACCCUUACGACUGACUGCAGGGACAGGCAAGCCUCUGAAUCUCAAGAGGGGUAGGGGCCGACCAGCUGGUCGUACGGGCGAGUCUAAGCUCAAGAAACCACUCGGCCUCAAACUGAAGAGAUGGAAAGGUGGUGUAUAUGUUCCAUCUGACAAGUCCCCCCGUCAUUCGCUGGAUGGAGAUGAGAGCCCCGCACACAGCUCAGAGCCAAGCACCCCUGCCACCCCUACCACUACAGCCUCUACCCCUGGUGAUGACAAGCUGUUGGCUCCACCCUCACAGGACGAUCCGCCGUACUUCGCUGAGACCUGGCCUGGGAAGGUGUGUGUGCUCUGUAACCUAGGCGAACGGUCACAGCUGGGCCAAGGAGAGAUGUUAAGACUCGCUUGUCAGGAAGGGUUUGUGCCUCAACGCCCCACCACACCGGGGUUUGUCUCUCCCACCACCGAACAGGAAGAUGUUACUGGCCCAGACAAGAGUCCCCGCACUCCCGCACUUAGCUGCCGUCGUCAAAAGAACUGGGCCAAGUGCAGGAAUGUGGUACUCAGUGGUCAGGAACCUUUGGAUGAACUCAGCAUCAUCGGCUACACUGAGGAACCAGAUCUAGUCAGCUUAUUCGAAAAUGCAGUCAGCCAAUGGCAUGUUUAUAUCCAUGAAAAUUGUGCGCUGUGGAGCCUCGGUGUAAGUCGUCCGACGGAUGCCGAUUUUCAAACAAUUGGACAGAUUGUGGUGUCGGCGGUUUGUCGCAAAUGCUCAUACUGUGGUAGACUCGGCGCUAGUGUUUCUUGUACCUUCAACAACUGUCAGAGAGCUCUACACCAUCCCUGUGCAGGAGCCUCCGGUGCCUUCCAAGACUCCAAGAGCUACAGCCUCGUGUGCAAUCUUCACUUGGACCAAGUCUCACUCAUGCCUGGUCUCGGAGACGUGACGUGCAUGAGCUGUUUCUCCCUGGGAGAUGUUCGGAACCUGACAAUGUGCUCUAACUGCGGUAACCAUUACCAUGGGAGCUGUGUCGGCCUCGCUUUGUUACCAGGUGUCCGCGCAGGCUGGCAGUGUCAGGACUGUCGUAUCUGUCAGAUCUGCAGACAGCCUGAGGACAGCAAAGUCAUGUUGUGUGAGACAUGUGACAAGGCCUACCAUCCACACUGCCUUCGGCCCGUAGUCGCCACAAUACCCAAGUACGGCUGGAAAUGCAAGUGUUGCCGCGUGUGCAGUGACUGUGGCUCUCGUACGCCGGGUGCCGGCCAAAGUUCACGUUGGCACGCUCACUACACGGUGUGCGACUCUUGCUACCAACAGCGUAACAAGGGAUUCUCCUGUCCUUUGUGUCGAAGAGCCUAUCGCGCAGCUGCGUACAGGGAAAUGGUCCAGUGUAGCAAGUGUAAAAGGUUUGUCCACGGAACAUGCGACCCUGAUGCAGAUCUCGUUACAUACCAGCAACGCAAAGAAUCUGCUCCUGAAUACGAAUACAUAUGCCUUAACUGUAAAAAUGAACCAAAGAAACGGAAAGACAGCCUUGAUGACUUUUGCAUGGAUUCUAACAUGAGCGCUUCACAAGAGUCACUCGUAUUGGAUGAAUUUGAUUUUGACUACGAGAAGGAGGGCUAUGGAAUGGGAAAGGGCAAGCCUUUUUGUGCCAGUAAAAUAGCAAAGAAAAAGUUAGGUCUUGGAUAUCCUGGGCCAGGAAGACCAGGCAAGUUAGGCAAGAUGAGUGGCAUAACCUCCGCACUGAUGAUGAACUACCAGAAGAAACAGCAGAGGUUCAAUGAGUUUGGUCGCAAACGGAUGCCCAAGUCUAAAAUGAGAGGCAUUUUUGGUGUCCCAGGAUUAGGACUUCAGAAACCCCAGGCAGACAACACCAAAGACAAGGUGGCAGCAGACGACGACACGAGUGACAACAAGCUUGUUUUGUGUUCUGCCAAGGACAAGUUUGUGUUAUCUCAGGACUCUUGUGUUAUGUGUGGUGCGCUCGGAACUGACCAGGAGGGCUGCCUUAUCACUUGCGCUCAGUGUGGCCAGUGUUACCACCCUUACUGUGCUAAUGUCAAGGUUACCAAGGUGAUACUACAGCGAGGGUGGAGGUGCCUGGACUGUACUGUGUGUGAAGGGUGCGGCCAACGUAAUGAUGAAGCUAGACUGCUGCUUUGUGACGACUGUGACAUAUCUUACCACAUCUACUGCAUGAAUCCUCCCCUCACCUACGUGCCUAGAGGGACUUGGAAGUGUAAAUGGUGUGCUCAGUGCCUGACAUGUGGCUCGAGUGAGCCCGGAGUUAGCUCGUCUUGGCUCAAAAACUACACGGAGUGUGGUCCAUGCGGGUCUCGUACUCAGUGUCCCUCCUGCAGUCAACCCUACGUAGAGUCAGAACUGAUCAUUAAGUGCAUUCAAUGUGACAGGUGGUUCCACUGUAUGUGUGACAACAUUCAGACAGAAGAAGAAGCUGACAUGUGUGCUGAGGAUGGUUAUCGUUGUAUGAUCUGUCGACCCAAGGAUGUCAAGUUGCCUCAUCUUUUAGCAGGACCUCUCAAUAGGCCUUCCAACACCCCUACACGAUCUGACAGUCCAGGUGACAAAAAGUUCAGAAUAGUGUAA